AUGUCUGCUAGAGGUGGUUCCUCCGGCCGUUUCGACGGUGUCCGGGAUGCAGAACCUCACUACGACCAGGUCCCAGUGGGCUCCUUAUGGAGGGACCAGGACCCCCCUCCUCCUCCCCGCUCCCUUGGGGUUUUCAGGGGGGCAGACCUGGCCGUGAGCUCCGACCCCCUGCCCCCCCCUCCCCUCCCAGACCAGCCCCCCGUGGGCCCUGACUUCUACCCCCCUAGCAACGGUGCCUCGGAGCACCUUGACAACGACAGAGCAGCCAUGGACAUCAAACCCGUCCACCGCUUCAUCCCUGACUCCGUCAAGGACUUCUUCCGCGGCAACAGUAUCCGUAGUAGCAGCAACAAGCCCUUCUCCUUCCCCCCGCCCCCCUCCCCGCCGCUGACGGAAAAAGACGACCUCAAACCAGGAACCACUAGAGGUGUCCCCUGCUCCCCUCCCCCCUCUCCCUCCCUCCCCGGCUCCUACCGGGACCCGUACGGAGGCUCUGGCGGCAGCUACAACUCCCGAAAAGAACGUGACGCCAUGUUGCUAGGAGUCGAUGCCAUCGAGUCAGUCUCGGGCAUCACUUUCCGCUCAGCCAAGACCUACAGCGAGCGGGUAGAGGAUUACCACCAGCGCUACGCCUAUAUGAAGUCCUGGGCGGGGCUACUGCGCAUCCUGGGCUGUGUGGAGCUCCUUUUGGGCGCCGUCGUCUUCGCCUGCGCCUGCGCCUAUGUGCACAAGGACAACGAGUGGUUCAAGAUGUUUGGCUACUCCCAGCCACAGUUGUUCGGGGGGUUAGGGGGCGGCGCAGCGGCCUACGGAGGCAGCGGAUUCAGCUACGACGGACCCAAAACCCCCUUCGUCUUGGUAGUGGCUGGCCUGGCCUGGAUAGUAACAGUCAUUAUGCUAGUCCUGGGGAUGACCAUGUACUACCGUACCAUCCUCCUAGACUCGUCCUGGUGGCCCAUGACUGAGUGUGUGAUUAACCUGGCCCUUGGGGUUCUCUACAUGGCAGCAGCGGUAAUGUACGUCAGGGACACGACCAGAGGAGGACUCUGUUACAUCCCCGUCUUCAACAACGGCGUCAACGGGGCCUUCUGUCGCACAGAGGCCGGCCAGACCGCCGCCAUUAUUUUUCUGUUUGUCAACAUGAUUAUAUAUUUUGUGGGCGCCGCCGUGUGUCUGAAGUUGUGGCGGCACGAGGCGGCGAGGCUGAGGAGGGAGGGGCUAGCGCAGGAGGUGAGGGCGGGAUGGGACACACACCUGCAAACACACACACAUACACAGACACACAGACACAGACACACAGACAGACACACACACACAGACAUACAUACACACACACACACACACACACAGACACAGACACACAGACACACAGACACACACACACAGACACAUACACACACAUACACACACAGACACACACACACAGACAGACACACAGACACACACACACACAGACACAUACACACACAGACACACACACACACACCUGCAAACACACAGACACAUACACACACAGACAGACACACACACACACACACCUGCAAACACACACACACACAGACACAUACACACACACACAGACACACACACCUGCAAACACACACACACACACACAAUUGUCCUUGUGGGCUGCAAUUUUAGUGUUCUAUGACAAAUCCUUUGCCAUUUGUCUUGUUUGUUCUCAGAUGAAAACCAUUGGAUCUUCCCUGCCAAUAUCUGCUGUAAGUCUCUUAGUACACUAGUAGAAAACUUUAAUUAAUAAUCAUUCAUUUAAUUUGUAAAGCGCUUUUCUCACACCCAAGGUGCAAAUGUCACAUUCUUCAUUCCAUUACACUGAGCAUACAUACUGACAACCAUUUAAAUUCCAGUUAAUUCAGGAAGUACACUGACAUUCCACUUGAACACGUAGAAUUGCAAUUUGGUUUACUUUCUGAAUUGACACUAACUUAAAUGGAAUUGACCUCAACUCUGCUGACAACACAGUAACCAUGCCUCCCAUCACAAUCCUUCCCCAGCUGGGCGGUUACAGGACCUCAGAGCAGACCCCUCUCCCCGCCCUCCAGACUAUCCCAGAGGUGUUGGACGGCCAUGUUGCCUCUCCAGCCGUCCCUCUGAUGAUGGAGCCAGAGAUCCUCAGAGGACACAUCCCUGCAGGACACAUCCCCAAACCUGUAAUCAUUGCAGACUAUGUGGCGUGAGUACUAACCACCCAUCCAACUUUAUUUGACAUGUUCUCAGACAGAUGUACGCGUUUAAAAAAAAAAAUCAUUUGUAUUGUUGUAUAUCAUGCCACUGCCUUUAUUCGUUGUAAUUCGUAUCAAUGCUUCCUUAUUAUGUACUUUGUAUUUGCAUAAUUUUUGUGAAGAAGGGACUCCCUUGAAAAAGAGACUUUGGUCUCAAUGGAACUUCCCUGCAUAAAUAAAGGUGAAAUAAAAUCAAAUGUAUGGACCUUAAGUACCAAAGGGUAGCUGACUGUGACCGUCUGCUUCCUACUACACAGUUAUCUAUCUACGGUCACAUGGCGCAGAACUCCAGCUCACGAGGGCCACACUCAGUCCUGCUGUUUUGCUAUUUCUCUCUCUCUCUCUCACUCUCUUAAUGGAUCAGUUAAUGCCAUUGUUGGGCUUGGCAAGAUAGUUUACACACCUGGUUGCCCAGGAGGUAGACAUCUGUUUCUACAUAUGAAGGCCUUAAAAAAACAAGCAUACCCUGCAUUUCUAUGAGGUUCAUUUGCAGAUGUGUGUGUAUAGGACGACUCAUUUUAGACUAUUGAGAUGCACCCAUGCUUGUUGACGACCUCUACUUUCUAUCUCCGGUGUCAACAGGAAGUACCCGACCAUCCGUACGGAGGAGGAGAGGGACCAGUACAAGGCUGUGUUUAAAGACCAGUAUGCUGAGUACAAGGAGCUGCAUGCUGAGGUCCAGGCCAUGGCCAAGAGGUUUGACGAGAUGGACGAACUGAUGAGGAACCUGCCUCCACGGCCCUCCAGCCAACUGGUACUGAGACAGAGAGAUACACAAGCACGUCACACGUAGACUAUUCACUCACACACACACACACACACACACACACACACACACACACAGAUCAAAUUGACAAACAUAAAGCUACCAUAAAUUAUAGCCUAAUGUCCAUUCACGUCAUUAUAGUGCUUUUUACCAAUCCCUUUUUCAAAGUUAAAGAUCUUCUUUCAGGAGAAGGAACGCAUCAAUACCAUAGUAUUGGAGUACCAGAGAAAGAAAGCGGUAAGUGAUUUUGAAUCUUAUUUAAUAAAAAAUGUGUAUAGGUAAGGGACCCACUACAGGUCCUGAGCCCUAAUAAUGAUCUGUAGAAUACUUUUAGGUUUCUGUAAUAUGUUUAUGGGCGACGCCCAUGUAUAUGUUGAUCUGUAGAACCUGUUUGUGUAGGAGGUUUCAUAGUUUCAGGUAGUUUCCCUUUCAGGUAAACCAAUGACGUGUGACGGACUGACGGUAGGUCAGAGCUCUUCCUCUCCACUCCUCACUCAGACCUCCUGUUGAAGCGUUUAUCUCUGUCCCGUCUACACAGACUAGGACUUUUGUUAGAUACAACAUCAAAUGCAACUAUGCCCUUAUCUGAUGGCUGUCAGUUCCACUAUUACCUCAUCAAAUGGCAAGACUUAUUUUAUUUUAUUUAACUAGGCAAGUCCGUUAACAACAAAUUCUUAUUUACAAUGACGGCCUACACCGGCCAAACCCGGACGACGCUGGGCCAAUUGUGCGCCGCCCUAUGGGACUCCCAAUCAUGGCCGGUUGUGAUACAGCCUGGAAUCGAACCAGGGGGUCUGUAGUGACGCCUCAAGCACUGAGAUGCAGUGCCUUAGACCGCUGCGCCACCAUGGGACUUUGUUUCCACUGAUGUCUUUAGGAGGUUGAGGUGUGUGUGAGAGAGGCAGAUGGUGAAAGAGAGAGAUGGAGACAGUAAACAAAUGUUACUUUUUCUCUCUUGUUGUCAGGAUCCUACGUUCCUUGAGAAGAGGGAAAGGUGUGAGUACCUCAAGAACAAACUGUCCCACAUCAAACAGAAGAUCAACGAAUACAACAAGGUCAUGGACUGGAACGACGGAUUCAGCUAGACACAUACACACACACA